AUGGUCUGCUCUACAGAGGCAAUAGGCAUUCUGCUCAUGGCGGCAUCAGGGCUUGCAGUGACCUGUGAGAUGGUCACGAGCAAAACCAUCGAGGACAUGCACUGGCCGUACUGGUACUUGUUGGCCGCUUGCUGCUUUGUCUCAACUCUAACCAACGGCCUCGCAUUGUGGUGGCAGGGAAUCAGCUGCCCAAUGCUGGGUGAUGUGAAGUGGAUCCUUGCCCGAGCUCUCUUCGAGAACCUACACUGGAUGCUGGCCAUUUACGCGGUGCUGGUUGGAGCCGCGCCAGGCGACGUGGCGGCGCUCACAAGCAUCGACAUCAUCGCCGCUGCACUUCUGGGCCUCGUGUUCCUGAGGGAGCGCAUCAGCAUGCUGCAUUUCCUUGCCUUGAUCCUUUCAGUUACGGGCGCCCUCUUCAUCUCGCAGCCGCAGUUUCUCUUUGGCGUCGCUGAGGGCUCAGAGCAGUCCCCGCUGGGCUACUGCCUGGCGAUCUUGUCAGGUUGCUUCCAGGCGGGUGCUUUCGUCUGCGCCCGGAAGUCCACCCACAUCCCAGUCUCUUUGCUCACGGUGGUGUCCCUGUGCCUGAGCGUUCCCUUGGCCCUGGUGCCGCCCAGCCUGGGUCUUCAUGGGGACGAGAAGGCCGCUUUCAAGCAAGUCCUGGAGAAACCUUGGGAGGCCCUGGCGCUCCUGUCUGUGAUGACAGCCUGGGUUCUGCUUUCCAUCAUGCUUCCGGCGGCAGGUGCCACGAGGUGCCCAGCGGCAGUCAGUGCAACCGUUUACACAUCCGCAAGUAUGAUCUCAGGCUACGUGGCACAGACGGUGCUGCUGGACGAUGCCCCCAAGCCGCUGAAGCUGCUGGGAGCCGCCUGCAUGCUCUUCAGCGUCGUUAUCAUGGCAGUCCGAUGCCGACCGGCUGAGCUGGAGCCUUGCGCAGAGCCCGAGCCGGCGGCAGAGAGUGUAGCCACAGAGGACGACGAGACGCAAAGCCUCGGAUCUUUCGUCGCCUCGGAGGUGUCCUUCACAUCGAGCUCCAGCCGCCUUCGUCGGCGCACGGCAGGCUCCAAACCUCUUGCGCAGCGCCUCGGCGCCUGCUUGCCAGUGGCGGCCUUGUCACAGCUCUCAGUCUAA